CGAAAAAUAACUUCACACAUGACAGGUUAAAAAAAAAAGUGUAAUGGGUGGAAACAAAUGCUCUUGAAAAUGUGAUUCCUUUACCUACGCUGAUGAGAUACAAGGUAACUUCGAACAGAUUGUGCCUCCUUAGUGCUGACGCAUGGCUGCUGACAUAGGGAAAGAUUCCCUACUGGAUAUCCUCCAACACCUGGUGGGGUCCAAGGAUGGAAGGGGUUCAUUUUAAGACUGCUAUGGGGUGCUGAAAGGAUUGUUUGCACCACCCCAACCACUCUUGAGGACUUUCACUCCACCCGAACGUGAACAAGAGCAGGCAAGAUCCAAUCGGAACAUCCACAUCCUGGUCACCAAUUCUUCAGUCUCCUUCCAUCGGAUCUUGAUAUCUGCUGUGCCCUGAUCCUUUCCUUGGAGAAGUGAGUUAAAGGCAAGAUUUCUGAUUGAGGCGGGGUCGAGCCUGCGGAGGCGAGGUGCGUGGCGUGGACCUCACAGCUGAAAUGAAGCGGAAAAGCUCCUGUCACCAGGUAGCAAGGAGGAGCCGCGGAAAUGGAUUGUCGUCCGAGCUGGAUCUGACUUUGGAUAACAGCUCAGCGUCUCGCCUGACAGUGGAUGUACAGCUUCCUAAUGGGAAGGACAUAGCAGAAAGACUCCUGGACUGUCAAGUUAGCCUUCAACACGCAAAACAACCAAGACAAGCUCUCCAUCGGUUUUCCUUUCUUGACCGAUUGAGUCCUCAUCCUUUCCUAAAAGCCAUGGUAAACAUGAUGACUUUGCACAGGACUUCAUUGCCUGAGGCCAAAAUGCGAUUAUUAGUUCCUCUGCUCACCUUCUGGCUCCUAGCGCUCCCGACUCAGUCUAGCGGGCAGACAUUUGCUAGCUUUCACCCGGAGCGGCGGGAAUGGUUUUUCAACCAUCUCACCGUUCACCAAACCACAGGAGCCGUGUACAUUGGCGCUGUAAACCGUGUGUACAAGCUCUCAGGCAACCUGACCCUGCUGGUGUCGCAUGAUACGGGCCCAGAAGAUGACAACAAGGCCUGUUACCCACCUCUGAUUGUGCAGCCCUGCUCAGAACCUCUGGUUUCGACCAACAACGUCAACAAGCUUCUUCUCAUUGACUACUCACAGAACCGGCUGCUGGCAUGUGGCAGCCUUUACCAGGGCGUCUGCAAACUCCUUCGACUGGAUGACCUUUUUAUUUUAGUGGAGCCCUCUCAUAAGAAAGAGCACUACCUCUCCAGUGUCAACCAAACUGGGACCAUGUACGGGGUUAUUGUACCCUCACAAGGCCAGGAUGGCACCUUGUUUAUCGGUACUGCAGUUGAUGGUAAACAGGACUACUUCCCUACCAUAUCCAGCCGAAAGCUUCCCCGUGACCCAGAAUCUUCUGCAAUGCUUGACUAUGAAUUGCACACUGACUUUGUCUCCUCAUUAAUAAAGAUACCAUCAGACACACUCGCACUCGUGUCCCACUUCGACAUCUACUACAUUUAUGGCUUUGCUAGUGGCAGCUUUGUGUACUUUUUGACUGUUCAGCCCGAGACACCAGAGAAUGGCAUGUCAUCAAGCGGCUCCGCCGCUGACCUUUUUUAUACUUCACGCAUUGUUCGCCUCUGCAAGGAUGAUCGCAAGUUCCAUUCAUAUGUCUCCCUCCCCAUCGGCUGCGUGAAGAACGGUGUGGAGUACCGGCUCCUGCAAGCCGCCUACCUCGGCAAGCCGGGUAGCAUUCUCGCUGCCUCGCUUCACAUCGGCGUUCAGGACGACGUGCUCUUCGCCGUAUUCUCCAAAGGCCAGAAGCAGUUUCACCGUCCGCCUGAUGAUGCCGCGCUCUGCGCCUUCACUAUCCGCGACAUCAAUGCACGCAUCAAAGAGCGCCUGCAGUCCUGCUACCAGGGCGAGGGGCACCUGGAGCUCAACUGGCUUCUUGGGAAGGAUGUGCAGUGCACCAAAGCGCCGGUGCCCAUUGAUGACUCUUUCUGCGGUCUGGACAUAAACCAGCCUCUCGGUGGCUCCCAGCUGGUGACCGGACACACCCUCUACACUGAGACCCGUGACCGCAUGACCUCAGUCAUCUCCUAUAUCUACAGUGGCUACUGCGUGGCCUUUGUGGGAACAAAGAGCGGACGCCUUAAGAAGAUUCGCAUUGAUGGCCCUCCUCAUGGCGGCGUUCAGUAUGAGACCGUGUCGGUCAUGAAGGACGGCAGCCCCAUUCUCCGAGACAUGGCUUUCUCCCUGGACCGCACUCACCUCUACGUGAUGUCUGAAAGACAAGUGACCCAAGUUCCCAUCGAGUCAUGCGAGCAGUACGGGACGUGUGGCGAGUGCCUGAGUUCCGGAGACCCUCACUGCGGCUGGUGUGUUCUGCACAACAUAUGCUCCCAGAGGAACCGUUGCAACCGUGCAAACGAGCCAUACCGUUUCGCUGCAUCUUUGGACCAGUGUGUGAAGGUCACCGUGUACCCAGGCAGCAUCGCAGUAUCUGAGCCUGGUGCACCACUGUUGGUGAAGGUCAGCGAUGUGCCAGACCUUUCGGCAGGGAUAACGUGUUCCUUCGGCAAUCUGACAGAGGUGGAGGGGCAAGUGAAUGGUAACCAGAUAGUGUGCGUGUCGCCUGCUGCAAAGGACAUCCCCCUCAUCCCUUCCGACCAAGAUUGGUCAGCUGUCGAUCUAAGACUCAAUUCAAAGGAGACCGGUCAGAUGCUCAUUAGCACCGAGGUCAAGUUUUACAACUGCAGUGUCCACCAACUGUGUCUGUCCUGUGUGAACAGCGCCUUCCGUUGUCACUGGUGCAAGUACCGCAACUUGUGCACCCACGACCCGACCAGUUGUUCUUUCCAGGAGGGAAGGGUCAACGCCUCUGAGGACUGUCCACAGCUGGUGCACUCCGAGGAGAUUCUAAUUCCGGCAGGGGAGGUGAAGCCCAUCACCCUGAAAGCCAAGAACCUGCCACAGCCGCAGUCUGGUCAGCGGGGCUACGAGUGCGUCCUUCACAUCCAGGGGGUCAUCCACCGUGUCACGGCCCUCCGAUUCAACAGCUCCAGCGUGCAGUGCCAGAACAGCUCGUACUUGUACGAAGGGAUGAAAAUCAGUGAGCUGCCCGUGGAUUUCUCUGUGGUGUGGAACGGCAACUUCAUUAUUGACAACCCAGAGAACAUUCAGGUCCACUUGUACAAGUGCGCAGCCCAGAGGGACAGCUGUGGCGUGUGUCUGAAGGCCGACAGGAAGUUCCAGUGUGGCUGGUGCAGCGGAGAGGGGAAGUGCACCCUGCGUCGACACUGCCCUCCCAUCAACCCCUACACCACCCGCUGGCUGAACCUGUCCAGCAAAAACGUCAAGUGCACGAACCCACGCAUCACCGAGGUGACCCCAGUGGCUGGACCUCCUGAAGGAGGCACACGGGUGACUAUCCAUGGCACCAACCUCGGUCUUUCCUUCUCAGAUGUGCUCGGAAAUGUGGAGGUCGCCGGAGUAAGGUGUGCUCCUGUGCAAGAUGGUUACAUCAUUGCUGAACAAAUUGUGUGUGAGAUGGAUGUUGCCCCUACGGACAGUGAACCUGGUCCAGUCCACCUUUGUGUCGGGGAGUGCAGACCCGAACUCAGAGCUCGAUCCACUCAACUCUACUCCUUUGUGACACCCACAAUCACAGGUGUGUCACCAAGCAGAGGUCCAGAAUCCGGGGGCACCAAAGUGACAAUCAUGGGAGAAAACCUUGGCGCUGGCAGCAGUGUCAGCGUUCAGUUUGGAAACCAGACGUGUGAGUUCUUCAGUCGAACAAUGACAGAGAUUGUGUGCUGCUCCUCACCGUCCCUAUCCGGGAUCAGCCCGGUCCAGAUCAGCGUGAGCGUGGACCGCUCCCAAAUCAGGGAAAGCCUCACCUUCGAGUACAUUGAGGAUCCCACCGUGUUGCGCAUUGAACCCGACUGGAGCAUUGCCAGUGGCCACACUCCCUUGAUCGUAACGGGCACGAACUUGGAUGUGGUACAAGAGCCCAGGAUCCGGGUCAAAUAUGCCGGCAAAGAGUCAGUCAAUGUGUGUAGAGGGUUGAACGCAACCAGCAUGAGCUGCUCUGCUCCCUCCUUGGUAGAGGACUACCAUCCAGGCUUUGACACUGUGAAACAUGCGGACGAAUUUGGCUUCAUUUUCAACAACGUGCAGGCGCUGCUGGUCUACAACAGCACCAACUUGCUCUAUUACCCCAACCCUUACUUUGAACCUCUCAGCACCACUGGAGUGUUGGAGCAAAAGCCAGGCUCUCCUAUCAUUCUUAAGGGCAGAAACCUGCUUCCCCCAACCUCAGGAGGGGUGAAGCUUAACUACACAGUGCUGAUUGGAGAGACCCCCUGCUCUGUGACCGUGUCCGAGAGCCAGCUGCUGUGUGAGCCGCCCAACCUCACCGGACAAUACAAAAUCAUGGUUCAAGUAGGCGGCCUCCACGUCUCUCCUGGCGCUGUGCACAUCAUGUCCGACAGUCUGCUGACCCUUCCGGCCAUCGUCAGCAUCGCCGCUGGCGGGGGCCUGCUUCUCAUCAUUGUCAUCCUCGUCCUGAUAGCCUACAAGCGAAAGUCACGUGAAAACGACCUCACACUCAAGCGCCUUCAGAUGCAAAUGGACAACUUGGAGUCACGAGUCGCUCUUGAAUGUAAAGAAGCCUUUGCCGAGCUGCAGACAGACAUCAAUGAGCUCACCAGCGACCUGGACAGAGCAGGCAUUCCGCAUCUGGACUACAGGACCUACGCCAUGAGGGUGCUCUUCCCUGGCAUUGAGGAUCAUCCCGUCCUCAGAGAGCUGGAGGUAUCAGGCAAUGGCCAGCAGAAUGUGGAGAAGGCCCUGAAGCUCUUUGGUCAGCUCAUCAACAACAAAGUGUUUCUGCUGACCUUCAUCCGAACUCUGGAGAUGCAGCGCUCCUUCUCCAUGAGGGACCGCGGCAACGUGGCCUCGCUCAUCAUGACGGCCUUGCAGGGACGCCUGGAGUACGCCACAGACGUGCUCAAGCACCUUCUAUCGGACCUGAUCGACCGCAACCUGGAGAGCAAGAACCACCCCAAGCUGCUGCUGCGCAGAACAGAGUCGGUUGCAGAGAAGAUGCUCACCAACUGGUUCGCCUUCCUUCUGCACAGGUUCCUGAAGGAGUGUGCCGGCGAACCGCUGUUCAUGCUCUACUGCGCCAUCAAGCAGCAGAUGGAGAAAGGGCCUAUCGACGCCAUUACUGGAGAGGCCCGCUACUCUCUGAGCGAGGACAAGCUCAUCCGCCAGCAGAUCGAAUACAAAACGCUGAUCUUAAACUGUGUGAACCCGGACAACGAGAACAGUCCAGAGAUUCCAGUCAAAGUCCUAAACUGUGACACCAUCACCCAAGUGAAGGAAAAAAUCCUGGAUGCUGUCUACAAGAACAUGCCCUACUCUCAGCGGCCGCGGGCAGUCGACAUGGACCUCGAGUGGCGCCAAGGACGGAUGGCUCGCGUGGUGCUGCAGGACGAAGACAUCACCACCAAGAUAGAAAGCGACUGGAAGCGACUGAACACACUCCUGCACUACCAGGUGUCGGACCGUUGUGUGGUGGCUCUGGUGGCUAAACAGAUGUCAUCAUACAACAUGCCACCCUCAGCCAGCAUAUCGCGCUCAUCCAUCAGCAGAUACGAUUCGUCAUUCCGUUACACUGGCAGUCCAGACAGCCUACGGUCUCGCGCUCCCAUGAUCACGCCGGAUCUGGAAAGUGGCGUGAAAGUGUGGCACCUGGUAAAGAAUCACGAGCACGGAGACCAAAAGGAAGGUGACCGUGGCAGCAAGAUGGUGUCUGAGAUCUACCUGACCAGACUGCUCGCCACCAAGGGAACACUUCAAAAAUUUGUAGACGACCUGUUUGAGACAUUGUUCAGCACAGUUCACCGAGGUAGCACACUGCCACUGGCCAUCAAGUACAUGUUCGACUUCCUGGACGAGCAGGCCGACAAACACGGUAUCUACGACACUGACGUACGUCAUACGUGGAAGAGCAACUGCCUUCCACUACGUUUUUGGGUGAACGUGAUCAAGAACCCACAGUUUGUGUUUGACAUCCAUAAGAGCAGUAUCACGGAUGCCUGUCUGUCUGUGGUCGCUCAGACAUUUAUGGAUUCUUGCUCCACUUCUGAGCACCGCCUGGGCAAAGACUCCCCUUCCAAUAAGCUACUCUACGCUAAAGAUAUCCCCAAUUACAAGAGCUGGGUAGAGAGGUACUACGCCGACAUCAACCGGCUGCCGGCAAUCAGCGACCAGGACAUGAACGCCUACUUGGCGGAACAGGCCAGACUUCACUCCAGUGAGUUCAACAUGCUCAGCGCCCUGAAUGAGAUCUACUCAUAUAUCAGCAAAUACAGCGAGGAGAUCACAGAAGCCUUGGAGCAGGACGACCAUGCCAGGAAGCAGAGGCUGGCCUACAAGUUUGUGUCGCAGACCCCGUCCACCAGGGCAUACGGCCCUCGAGCUCUGAGACCCUAAGCCAAGAUGGGGCAUCAGCAUGGAAGGCCACAACAGUACUUAUUUAUUUAUUGGUGUUGUCUCCUGGCACAUUGUGCAAAUGGAACUUUUGUGCGUGUGUGUGUGUGCGUGUGUGUGCAGGGGAAAAGUGGAAGGGAUCCCAUGCUGGACUGAUGCAUUCAGAUUUUAUUUUUAUACUCUUAAAUAUGAUUAUUUACCAUUGGAACCCCCCCCCCAAGGCUUCCCUAAAUGUCAGUGUUGGUCUUCUCGCACGCUCUCCUCCGGAUGGAGGAGUGAAACGACUAAGAUAGAAUACAGGACAAUUGAGCGAAGGAAUGGAACAGAGGCCGCAUUCAUCUGUAAA